GAGUGAUAACGUCACCAGCCAGCGCACUGGCUCCUGUCGCGCUCCAGCUCUCCAGGACGCCUUCGAGCUCUAGACCGAGACUGGAGUCUGAAGGAUGUUGGAGCGACCACCAUGGGCCAUGCCCUGUGUAUCUGUUCAAGGGGGACCAUCACCAUCAAUAACAAACGCUAUCUUUUAAUCCACAGGCUUGGGGAGGGUGGCUUCAGCUAUGUGGACCUUGUCGAAGGGCUGCAGGAUGGGCGCUUCUAUGCCUUGAAACGCAUCAUAUGCCAUGACAAGGAUGAUCGUCAGGGAGCUCUGCACGAGGUAGAGAUGCACCUGCUUUUUGAGCACCCCAACAUUUUGCCCCUCUGUGCACAUGCCAUGGUAGAGAAAGGAUCCAAACACGAGGCCUGGCUCCUCUUGCCUUUCCUCAAGAGAGGGACCCUCUGGCAGGAAGUGGAAGCUCAGAGAGAUAAAGGCUCCUUCAUGCCUGAAGAGCGGAUCCUGGUCAUUUUUCACGGCAUCUGCCGAGGACUGCAGGCCAUCCAUAACAAGGGAUAUGCACACAGAGAUUUAAAACCAACAAAUGUGCUGCUGGACAAUGAAGAUCAGCCACUGCUAAUGGACCUAGGCUCCAUGAAUCAGGCUCGCAUUGAGGUGCGGAGCUCACGGGAGGCUAUGACUAUUCAGGACUGGGCUGCCCAACGCUGCACCAUCUCCUAUCGAGCCCCAGAACUGUUCAAUGUUGAGCGUGAAUGUGUUAUUGAUGAACGUACUGACAUCUGGUCCUUAGGCUGUGUUCUCUACUGCAUGAUGUUUGGUGAAGGACCUUACGACAUGAUUUUCCAAAAGGGGGACAGUGUGGCCUUAGCUGUUCAGAAUCGCCUUACGGUGCCCCAGAAUACCAGGUACUCUCCAGCCUUGGAACACCUCCUCUCUUCAACAAUGGUGGUCAAUCCUCAGGAGCGCCCAUUUGUUGCUGACAUAAUCUGUCAGCUUGAAGCAAUACAGCCACCUCUCACUGGACAGGAUGCCACACGUAUCUGAGACCACAGGAUGUGCCGCUAAAAACAGAAGCAGCUGAAGGCAUUUCAGCCCAGGUUGGACCUCAAGAGAUGAAGUUCAGAGCAAACACUUGAGAAGACGUCAUGCUGAAGGCCAGUCUUCUACUUGGAGGAACUGUCUUACAAUGGGACUGCAUUAAGGACAAUGCUGGUCUUUGAGACUCACUCCUUUACUCUUUCCUGUAUCUUACCAGGCUUUGACUGCUCCGAUUAGUGGCCCUUAUCAAAUGCCUCCACAAAGCAUGAAAUUGCCCCAAGGGAGCAAAAUUCUCUUUGUGAAAAAAAAAAUGCUCCUAAAUUUGUACCUGAAUGUGUAAGUGUGGAUUGAUGCCGAGAUUGUUUUGAUAAAGGCAGGCCCUCAGGGCCUAAGUGUUAAAUAAAAUACAGCCACCAUCUUAGACAUUUUUAAACCACCAAGAUGAUAAAAAUGUGAUCCAGCAAUAGUGGUGUUUAUUUAUCACAUACUGUAUAUACUGCUCAAUCACACAUUUUCCCCUCAUGUUUCUUACAUAUUUUGUCACAUUAUCUUGGUUAUUCCAGUAGAUUUUUCUUUUUUACAAGCUUCAAAGAACUGCUUAACAUCUACAUACAGAAAUCUUUUUUUAUAUUAUUUACAUUAAUUGUUAAUUGUUUUAAGGGAGAAGAGUCACAUAAAGUAGGAAAUUUUAACUCUCUGAAAAGUUCAUUAUUUCCACAGUAAUAGGUAUGUGCAGGACUUCCAAGCUUAAAAUGUCUGUUUUAAGUGUUUUGAGUUUGGAACAAAAUACCCAAAUUGAGCAUUUUGUCUCAUUCUCAGGUUUUCCUUUGAGCUAAAACAAAAUGGAGCAGUUUCAAGCAUUUUACAAUUAUUGUGAAUAUGUCAGUAGGAGGCAGUGUAUAACCAAGUUCAUCCAUAUUGAGACUCAUCAGAUUGUCAGAUCUUUUUCUAUGGGGUUCAAACCCUUUACCAGGAGAUGAAUUUACCUUUUAGAAGUUAUCCAAGUCUUUGCAUUCAGUGAUGUUUCUGGAAAGUACUGUAUAUAUAGAAUAUAUACAUUAUUCUGUACACCAUUCUAAUAGAACCAUUGUUACGAUCUCCUAGGAGACUCAAGUCCUUGUUUUACCCAUUAUAAUUGGCUUAAGGCCUUUCCCUCAGCAUAGCUGAUAAGCGUAACGAAUACUGUACAACUUUGUUUCUAUUAACAGAAUGGGAUAGAGGAACAAGCAGCAAUUAUUUAAACACGGUUCAGAGAGAUGUUGCUGCUGCAGCACCUGAAUUAGUUUUGCUGAGUCAGAACAGAUAUCCUGUGCAUUCAGAGGCAAUUCUGGACCAUCAGUUUUCCACCUGAUGGACUAAUGUUACUUACAUGUCUAUCUGAACAAAAACAUUAUUUAUUCUUUGGUAUAGAGAAGAUAGACCUCCUAGAUUGGGUUGUUUACCAUUGUGUUGUAUUCUUUUGCAGAUAGGACUUUGAACAUAUUUGAAUAUGUGCUGUGCACACUGUAUUACCCAAGUGUUGCCAAUAACUGCAGAAAUUGGUUCAUUGUUAUAAAAUGCAAAUGCUGCA